UCUCACUUUGCUUCCGCGAGCAGUCCGUGUCAUGAGCAUAGACAGAAAUGCCGAGCUUGUUAAACCAUCCAAGAGGGCAUUCAACACAGCUUCUUUUUAAAAAGAAGACUGGAAAGUGGACAAAAAGGCAUGUGACAAUUAAGGAAUCAUCCGACAAAAAACAUUACCUCGAGAUAUAYCGUCCUCACCGACCAGUCACAAGAGCAAUAAGAAAGUUUGGUUCAGACACAGAUCUACGAGUAGAUAUUUCCAUUCACAGUCAUGCUGUUGUUAGAGACUUAGCUGAGGACAAGACAUGCAAGUUAUUGACUCUGGUACCRUUGAAGAAGACCAAACCAAGCRAGCCUCAGUACCAGUUUGCUGCUUAUAGUGAACAAGAAUACAAUGACCUUGACAAUCUUGCAAAUAGUGUGGAAACGCUGUGUGACAUGACAUCAUUUGAAGUAUCAGUUGAUGCAGAUCCAAACAGCUGUGUGCCAUCAGGACCAACAGUGUUGCACAUCUACAAGCAUAAUGCAUGCUUAACAUCACGAAGUCCGUGCAUCAGGGUGCUUCACCAAUGGGAACUCAUUGAGCCUCUUGCUGAAUUCCAAUGGGAACGACAUGGGUUUCGCAUCAUUGACCACCACAACUCAAACCUACAGUGCUUCUUGUUUGUCAAUUCACAAGAUGAUAUCCAAACAAUCCAAGAGAAAAUUAACACCAACUGCAAAAAAAUCUAUUCAAGUAAUAGUGUGAAUGAAGGUGUUAAUACAAGGGCAAUGACAAUAGAUGAUACUUUGAUUCCUUGUCAACCACCAUUUAUACAAAAUGAGAUUCACCCUGCACCCUGCACAUCAUCACCACAGCUGAAUGAAAUCUGUGACAGUACGUCAAUGAGUGAUGUUGAAACAUCGCCAGUUCAUCCAAGAAGGCAGUCUACCAGUAAUACACUAGUUAAAGAACAUGUUGAAAUAAGACAUCCUGGCCACCAAACUACACGGCGGUGCAAUUCAGAUACUGCAAUCCAACGGCAAUCUCAUAAAGAAACCAUCAAGUUAUUUAAAAGUCAUUCAUUUGACAARAACAACAAGAACAAAUUUCACGAGCUGAACUUUGGUAAACCCAAUGGUUCAAUGUCAAGUAGCAAUGAUACUUUAGAUGAGCCAAAGAAUUCAAACUUGCAAAAUCAACAUUCAAUACUGCAUGAUAGCAGUGAAAACAGCGAAGAUGAUUAYCAGCAGAGCCUGAAUGGAAGUGAUAUAACUCAAUAUGAUUCAACUCAGUACUAUGCAAAUGUUCAACUCAGACCUCAAUUUUACAUGUACAUGAAUGUCAUGAGAGAUGACRACAUUCUAGAGCCUGAAGCACCCAAUACCUAYGUGAAUAUAUUCUCUGGUAGUAGCUUCAAGGGCUGCUAUGAAAACUGGCAGCUUCAAAGUAGUAUUUACUCUACAAUACCAGCAGUAAUACCUCCUCCACCUCUACCACCAAGACCUAGCCCUGCACCAAAGCUACCGCCGAGAAGACAYAAGAUGGAUGAAUGGCACAGUAUUGCCCCUGGUAUGCCUCCACCAUUACCACCUAAACCAAAGAGUCCUAGACACCUUUUAACACAUUCUCAAGCUUAUGUAGCUCCAAGAAUCCAAGUAGCACUGUUUGCAGCUAAUCCUGUUAGUGGACGGGUGUGGUUUCUACGAGUUGCGUUCAUGCACCAAGAUGGCAGUGAUUCAACUUUAAAGAGAGUGAAAGACAUCGAGGCUUUUAGUAAUCAUCGGUUAUUGAAAACAAACUCUCUGGAGGUAGCAAAAGAUUUAUCAAUGGAGGUUACUGUCAACUCCAAUGGCUUUUUGCUACUCAAUGGCAACAAGCAGAAUAUUGAAGUUAAUGACAUUGAAGAUCUAAGAAAAGGAGAUUGGUUUGUUGUUGAGUUUCACAUUCAAAACUCCGAUGAAAAUGAGAACCACCUUAUGGGAAAUGUGUCUAUUGGUCCUCAACAAACAACUCCUUGCCGUAGAGCUUGUAAAGCAGACAUGGGAAUAGAUGAGAUAUUUCAAAGAAAGGUAUCAUACGGUUCUCCCUCGGGCUGCCCAGUGAGAAGAUCUAUUUUAUCAGAUUACAAUAAACGACAAAAGGUCUGUCGCACACUAGACGUCACCAUUUGCUCCCAAAAUCAUGACUGGCGUCAGGUUGCAGGGUCACUAGGAUUCACGCAUGCUGAAAUUAUGGAACUCCAAGACAAAGCUUGCCGUUCUGUUAAUUUUUCCCCAACUGAUGAAGUGUUGACAAUUUGGGAACGAAGAGAACCAAACUGCAGUUUAGAACAAUUAGUAAACAUACUGCGAGAGUUGGGAAGAUUGGAUGUAGUGCAAGAUUUGGGAUAUAGUAUUACAUUAGAGAGCUAGCACAAGAAGUCGAUAGAUCUGUAAUUAUCCCAAAUAACUGCAAUCACUUGAUUCUUAGAGUGAUGAUUGUAUAUUUGUAAAAAUGAUCACCAUUUUAAGAUGCAUUAACUUUGCCUACAUGAAUGCUGUGAGGACUAUCAUUUUUAUAACAAACAUACAUGUACAUGUUUAAAUUAAGGUUUUCAAAUCUGAAUGAUGGCAAACAGCACUAAUCUAAUGUCUAUGUUACUUGACAGUUGCAACAAUCAACCCAAGAAUUUUCAAAUAUUUUAAAUAAACACAGAUAAAUAGUUUCAUGUAAAAUGUAAACCGUUUUUGAUACUCAAGUUUAACUGUUGUACAAAAAUAUCCAUUGUAGUAUACAAAACAGAUAUCCCAUAACUAAACCUUUUUGAAUAAAUAAGUGAUAAGUUGACUGA